AAGGGCUGCGAGAGGAGGGCUGGGGGUCCGGCAGAGCAUCUGCAGCGAGGAGGGGGCUGCUGCAGAGGAGCCCCUCCUCGGAGAGGCGGCGCCUGGCGGGGUGACAUCAGCUGCUGGGGAGCUGGGAUGCUGAGCCUGGCCCUGGCGAGGCGGCUGAGCCAUCGCUUCCAGCUCCAGCCUCCCCCUCCAGCCCCACCCCGCACAGCUCGGGGGUCCCAUCCCCCAAAAAAAAAAACAAAAGGAGCCUGCUGUCCCUGCCCAGGCAGGCCCGGCGGGUGCUGAGGAUGCUGCGCUAGGGGCUGCGGAUGGUGCUCACUCUGCUCGUCUCCGUCUACAAACUGUGCCGCUUCUUCACCAUGUCAGGCCCCGAGAGGCUGGCGGUGCCCGAGUGCGUGAGCCAGGCGGGGUGCUGGGCUGGUGGCGGCUCCGGGGAGCGCCGUGAGGUUUCUCCCGGGGUGAACACGGACGUACGGGCGGCCCUGGACCGCAUCCUGCCCGCCCUGCAGCGCUCCAUCGCCUGCGCCAAGCAGGCGGCCGGCCCCGCCGAGCUGAGGAAGGCGAUCGGCGAGGUUUUCCAGCUGGUGGAGGAGGCCUGGGGGAUGCCCACGCUGGGGAGGGACGUGGCCAAAGUGCUGUGCGACGUGAUCCGCCUGGAUGGAGGCCUGGACCUGCUGCUCAACCUGCUCUACACGGCGGAGCUGGAGACCAAGUGCCAGGCGGGGAAGCUGCUGGAGCAGAUCCUGGUGGCAGAAAACAGGGAUCGGAUCGCUCGGAUCGGUCUGGGGGUGAUCCUGAAUUUAGCCAAGGAGCGGGACGUGCCCCAGCUGGUGCAGAGCCUCUCGGGGAUCCUGGAGCACAUGUUCAAGCACACGGAGGAGACCUGCUCCCAGCUCAUCUCCGACGGGGGCCUGGAUGCCAUCCUCUACUGGUGCCGCUGGACGGACCCCGUCGUGCUGCGGCACUGCGCCAUGGCCUUGGCCAACUGCGCCAUGCACGGGGGGCAGGCCAACCAGCGCCUGAUGAUCGAGAAGAGGACGGCCGAGUGGCUUUUCCCGCUGGUGUUCUCACGGGACGACGAACUGAUCCGCCUGCACGCCUGCCUGGCCAUCACGGUGCUGGCUACCAACAAGGAGAUCGAGAAGGAGGUGGAGCGCUCGGGGACGCUGGCGCUCGUGGAGCCCUUCAUCGCCUCGCUGGACCCGGAGCGCUUCGCGUGCCGCAUGCUGGGCAGCAGCGACAACAGCCAGGGCAGGACGGCCGAGGACCUGCAGCGCCUGGUCCCCUUGCUGGACAGCUCGAGGCUGGAGGCGCAGUGCAUCGCUGCCUUCUACCUCUGCGCCGAGGCCGCCAUCAAAACCAGGCAGAAGCAAACGAAGAUUUUCAGCGAGAUCGGGGCCACGCAGAGCCUGAAGCGCGUGGUGUGCUACUCCACCAGCAGCACCACCUCCUCGCUGGCCAAAAAGGUGCUGCGCAUGAUAGGGGAGGAGGUUCCUCGGCGCAUCCUGCCCACGGUGCCCAACUGGAAGCCCUGCGAGGUGCAGACGUGGCUGCAGCAGAUCGGAUUCAACAAAUACUGCCAGAGCUUCCUGGACCACCAGGUGGACGGGGACAUUCUCCUGAGGCUGACGGAGGAGGAGCUGCAGGAGGACCUGGGGAUGGCCUCCAGCAUCACCCGCAAGAGGUUUUUCCGGGAGCUGACGGAGCUGAAAACCUUCGCCAACUACUCCACCUGCGACCGCAGCAACCUGUCCGACUGGCUGGGCGGCAUCGACCCCAGGUUCCGGCAGUACACCUACAACCUGCUGACCUGCGGCAUCAACCGCAGCUUCCUGCACCGCGUGACGGAGCAGCAGCUGCAGGACGACUGCCACAUCGCCACCGGCUUCCACCGCGUCCGCAUCCUCUCCGCCGCAAGGGAAACGCUUCACUCCCCUAUAACGCUGCAAACUGCGUCGGAUGGGACCGACGUGUUUAUCAGCUACCGGAGGAGCACCGGCUCGCAGCUGGCCAGCCUGCUGAAGGUCCACCUGCAGCUGCACGGCUUCAGCGUCUUCAUCGACGUGGAGAAGCUGGAGGCGGGGAAGUUCGAGGACAAGCUGAUCCAGAGCGUCCUGAGCGCCCGUAACUUUGUGCUGGUCCUCUCGCCCAACACGCUGGAUAAAUGCAUGGCAGACCCCGAGUGCAAGGACUGGGUGCACAAGGAGAUUGUGACGGCCCUGAACUCUGGAAAGAACAUUGUACCCGUUACAGACCAUUUUGAGUGGCCUGACCCAGAAACCCUCCCCAAGGACAUGAGGGCCGUCCUGAAAUUUAAUGGCAUCAAAUGGUCCCACGAGUACCAGGAGGCCACGAUCGACAAAAUCAUCCGCUUUCUCCAGGGCCGGUCCUCCCGGGACUCCUCGGCGGGGUCAGAGAACGGCCUGGACUGUUUGCCCUCUCUCGGGCAGACCUAGGAGCAGCUCGGCUGCCUCAGCCCCUCCGGAGACUUUCCAGGUGACCCCUUUUUACGUGGGGCCAAGUUUCUCCCUCUAGAUUUCCCCCCAUCCUAGUGCCGCCCCUACCCUCUCUCCCUCAGGACCUGACACCUCUUGGCUUGACACCAGGCCGUGGCUCAGGCAGCCAUGGGGCAUUAGCCCCCCCCUUCACCCUCCAAAUGCAAGCCCUUGGGGCUGAAAGGCCAGUGCUCCCUCGUAGGGUGCCCGGUGCGCCUCGAGGGCAGCCCCUGGGAUGGACAAGCCGUCUUUCAAGCCGUCCCUUGGGGCAGCAGGACUUGCAGGCUGAGCCUCCUGCAGUGCAGGGGGUGCAGGGGGGACCAGGACAGUCCAGCCCCCUGCAGAAGGCUGCAGCUCUCCCCAGAGAUGAAUCCAAAGAGGAGGCACCUCCCAAGGAGCUAAAGUUGUGGGAUUUUCAAGGGGUUCGUCACAGGAAGACA